GCCAGUGCAUAUUCAUCACCAAUCCGUGCAUUGAUAAUCGGCAGUCCCGGAAGCGGUAAAGGUACCUUAUCAAAACGAUUGCUGAAAUCAAUUCCAAGUUUACAAUACCUUUCAGCCGGUGAUUUAUUACGACAUGAAAGACAACUCGGUACAGAAUUAGGUCGUGCGGCCGAAGAAGUGAUGCGGAAAGGUACACUUAUGCCCGAUGAAACGAUGAUGAAAAUAGUUGAUGCUCGUGUUUCUGCGCUGCCUGCAAAUUCUUCUUGGUUGUUGGAUGGUUUUCCAAGGACACGCAAUCAGGCAAUCAUGUUUGAUGGUGCUUUGCAAAGAAGAGAACAUAUGUUGGAUGUGGUUCUGCAUUUAGACGUCCCUAAUGAAGUUGUCCUAAGUAGAAUCUUGGAACGCUGGAUACACGAACCAAGUGGACGGACGUACAAUCUUUCAUUCAACCCACCAAAAGUACCGGGAAAGGAUGACGUCACAGGUGAAGAUCUAACAAAGCGAAUUGAUGAUGAUGCAAAAACGUUUGAGGCAAGGUUGAAAUCGUACGAAGCGGACACAAAACCAAUGGUAGACUACUUUUCUAACGCAGGCGGCGAUAGUUACGUUCGUCUUCAAGGCACUUCUUCCGACGAGAUUUGGCCAAGAAUGUUGGCAAUUGUCAAGCAACGGUUU